AUGGCCACCUCGCUGCCUAUAAUGGCCCCGCGGCCCUCGCAGCGCCCCAAAUUGACCGUCAACACCCACCAGCCCCGCGUCUUUGGCAAGGCCGCCUCGCUACGCCUGGACACGCUGAGCGCCGCCUCGCCCACCGUGCGCAACACGUUCAACAACGCAUACGAGCCCAGCACGACAACAAACACAUCGAGCACGCUGAACACGUGCGUUGCACCGCCGCCCGGACCGCCCGCAAAGCUGCGCCUCGACAUUAGCAACACCACCCCAACCCCGGCCAGCAUAUCCACGCCGGACUCGGCCUCGACUCUGUCCUCGUCGACUCUCACAUCAGCCUCCAGCGAAACCUCGAGCAGCAUUGGCACAAUACCGUACAAGCAGCCCCACAACCUCAACUCGAUCCUCUCCAACAGCCGGAUAGUCUCGCGCAAGAUGGCUUCGAGGCCCAUGUUCCCUGCUGAGAAGCGCGUGUCCUUCCGCACGCCAUUGGAAGAGGAGAUCAAGACCAUCAAGUACACCUGGGCCAACUCAGACAUGGAGUCUCCAAGCUCGACCUUGACACCGCUGGAGUCGACGUCGACAGACUCAAGCUCGACCCAGGUUGAGACCACAGCAACACAUCAGUCUGUCACACCGAGCAGGCCCACGCUGUCACUGCAGCCCUCUAUGGAGAAGCCCACACUGUCACUGCAGCCGUCUUUGGAGAAGCCCACCAUUGCGACAAUAGAAUGUGCGCCUCGCCAACGAAAGCCGCCCAGACUUGGAGACAAGCGCGAUUCCUCCGAGUCUGAAGACGACAGCGACACAUGCCCACAGACGCCCGUCGCCGGCCGACGGAAACGCAGUCGCGACUGGCGGUGGACCCUGGGCAAGCUACCUGGCGACAGCACCCCAACGGCGAGCGAGGAAGACAGCAGCUAA